AAAUCUUUCCUGUUUUUCUAAAGUUCACAGUAUUUUUCUAUGUUUUAACAAAAAAUCUCUUUUCAUGUGAGCCCUAGACAGAAGGUAGCACAGUAGUUACCACCAACAACAUUCAGUCACAGGACAUAAGAAAUAACAUUCAUAACAGCACUGUGAAACAAUUCAAAUCAGGAGCAAUCAUACUGAAACCAUUUCCCUAUAUAAAAAAAAAAGUUUAAAAAUCUGACUACGAGAUGAGUUCUAGAUGUUUCUGUAAGUUUCUGUCGGAAUAUGAUGGGGUGCUGUAACUAAACAUUUAGAAUUAAUUGAAAUGUAUUGCAUUCCUUUAGGUUUGUAAUAGUCUGUGUGUUUGGACUCGUGUGUCUCCGCUGCAUGAUGCUGUGCUCUGCUGUUCUGGCAGUGCUGCUCCUACUGGCACCGCUGAAACCCAGCCACAGCCGAAGCCUGCACACCCCCGACCGGGCCAUGCAGGUCAUCGAGCAGUUCCUUGAGCGUUACAAUGACCUUUUAACCCUAGAUGACCUGGAUAAUCUCACAAGUGACCAAUCAGAAGAGCCGGUACAGGUCUUUAAUUCUGGCAUAAAAAUUGCCGAAAAUCCCAAAUGGAUUGACAUACCUGUGCAGAAUGAAAACUCCUGGGUCCGUCUCCUCAAGGGAGCUCUGGCCAAUCAAAAGCGAGCUUUGUCAGACCGGUCUCGGAGGGGUUGGAACCGUGGUUGCUUUGGCCUGAAGCUAGACCGAAUCGGAUCUAUGAGCGGCCUCGGCUGCUAAUGUCAGACAGAGGGACAGAGCAAUCAGAACGUCAAGUAGAUGUUCCUCAUAGUGACAGUCAACAGUCAGUUUCUCUCAUCUAUAUGGUAAUGAUCUCGUACAGUUUCUUUCACUACAUUUUCACAGGUGAUAUGUUGUCAUACUGUUUUGUAAAUUGUUUAUUAUAAAGUGCUGUAACAUUUUAGUGAUUCUAGUUCUGUCUAUACUGUGAUGGUAGAGGAGUGAAAAUAUGUUUUGUGUACUUUUUUAUGUAUUGUUAGAUAAUACACAGAUUGUAUUUGAUCAUGGUGAAUCAUGGGACUAUAUUUCACACUCACAUAUAUUAUGUAUUGGACUACCUAUGAACUGUAUUUCAGACUGUUUUGAAGGAUAUGCAUGAGCAAAACUAACACAGUUCAACUUUCUGUUUGGGUAUAUUUGGCAUGAAUAAAAUGUUUCAAUGUUUUAAAGA